ACACUGCUCACCUAACCUGCCUCCACUCAGCUGACUCUUCGUGCAGCAUUGUCAUCCUCACUUUGCUUUUCCAGUGACCAGCUCCAUCUUGACUGAAGGGAAAACUAACAUGUCCGGCAUCAUGAAGCUGUUUCUGCUCCUGGCUGUCAUGGUCUGCGUCUCUACAGCACAACCCAACGAAGCGAGACAGCAGUGUCUCUGUCAACGUGUCAGGAAUCGUAUCAUUUCAAGGACUGAAGUAAAGGACGUCCAGAUCUACCAGGCAACCAUUUUCUGUAACAAAGUGGAGAUUGUCAUUACCAACAAAAAUGGUCUUCGUUAUUGCCUUAACCCUGAAUUGAGGGCUGUGAAAAAGAUUGUGACUGAAAUAAUGAAGAUGCCCAGAACUUCCACUUCAGUGCCUGCUCAUUCCACUUCCACUGAUGGCAGCACCAUAACAGUUCGUCUCUGAGUCUCAUCGGAACCCUGUCUGACCUCUUACCCUUCAACUAAAGCACCUUGCAUGAUUCCACGUAGGAUUUUAAGCUUGUUAAACAAUUUAUAUUGUAUGUAUAUAUAUCUAUAUAUAUAUGUAUAGAUAGGAUAUAUAGAUAUAGAUAUAAAUAUAGAUAUAGAUACAAAAGACUAUCAAAGCAUAGAAUUAAUCCAAAAACCUUUGGUAUUGGGUACAUCUAUCUAGUUAAGAAUUUAUGAGGGCACAAGCACAGACCUUGUCCUGUUAGUCAAUAAAUCUGUCACGUUAUUCCGUUAUUUUAUUUUAUUUUGUUUGGUAGAUGUACUUUUAUAAUGUAUGGUUUCAGUAUGUUUUGCUACUUCGAUUAUUUUGUAAUAAAAAAAUAUUAAAGCAAGAA